AUGGAAGAAAAUGCUCGCCGAGAUCCAGAGCGCCCAGAGGACUCCGGCGAGGAGUCCAACCGGGCCAUCCUGCCUCUGCUCCAGCCACCUGUCAACCAACAGUCCCACAGAAUCACCAACUUUUACAUUGACAACAUUUUAAGACCGGACUUCGGCCGAAAGAGGAAGGACGGGACUUUAGUCCGGGAGGGAGACAGUCUGGGAGUGAUCAUACGAAGAGAGGAGCUGGCAGGGAGAAAGUCCUCCAAAACUGGCAACCUGCAGCAGGGUGGAGCAGGAGGCGAGGAGGAGGAGGAGGACACGGGAGCAUCAGACGACCAGCAUCCGGACACUGAGGCCAGGAGGCCUGACCUGAUAGCCGGUAAUGUGGCUGUGAAAGGUCGGGGGGGCGGCCGGGAGCGCUGCCGCAGCCCCGAGGCCGGCUCGGCCCCUUCGUCCAAGCCGAUGCUGUGGCCAGCCUGGGUUUAUUGUACCCGCUACUCAGACCGUCCGUCAUCAGGGCCCAGAUCCCGCAAACCAAAGAAGGCACCGACCCCGACCCCGAGUAAAGAGGACAAACGGCCCCGGACGGCCUUUACCGCUGAGCAGCUCCACCGGUUAAAAACUGAGUUCCAGGGCAACCGGUACCUGACCGAGCAGCGGAGGCAGAGCCUGGCCGGGGAGCUGGGCCUCAACGAGUCUCAGAUCAAAAUCUGGUUUCAGAACAAACGGGCCAAAAUCAAGAAAGCCACCGGGAAUAAAAACGCUCUGGCGCUGCAUCUCAUGGCGCAGGGACUGUACAACCACGCCGGCUCCAAGGAUGACAAGUCGGACAGCGACUAG